UAAGAUUUGUAUUCUAGCGUGUAAGAUGUGUACAUAUAAAUAAUUUUUAUUGUUAUGUUGAUUCUCAAAUUUAUUUGAAGAAAAUCUCUAAAUGUGUGCAAAAAAUUAUUAAAAAAAAAAAAUUAGUAAUUAUGUCGGCAUAUCAGUUAAACUUGUAUAUUUAAGUUUUUAGUUGUAAAGUGGAAAUCAACAAAUUUUUCUUUAUGUGUGCACAUAUAGAUAUUUGAAGGUGUAAAUGAAUGUGUGUAUGUAAUGCAAAAUAAUGUAAAAAGAAAAUCGAAAAAAAGAAGAGAAAAUUGUAAUUAUAUUCAUAUAUGAAAUUGAAAUGUAAUUCAAAAAUUGAGUACAUAUUAAAAAAAUUGCAAUUCUGCGUACAUUAAUUGUAUUUUAAUAAAAAGUUAAUGGAGUUUAGUCUGUGACUCUACGUCGGAUAUAAUAAGAAAAAAAUUCUGGCCUCGGUUGCAAAUACACACACAUACACUCGUGCACAGUAAAAGCCAAAAAGGACCCCGAAUUCCACCACAUCACGUAUUCUGCUUAACCUGCUACCCUGCUUACUAGUGUCGGUCGGAAGUUCGUGAACAUCUGAAUGUCUUUAUGCUUUAAUCAUGUUGAAAUUGACCACCGACACUAUACGCUACUAUAUUAGAAUCUUUCUGAUUACGAAUCAUGACAGAAGGACAUGAAAGCGAUUUCUUAGUUACAGUACGUGCACAGGUUAUGACCAGAGACGAAAGCACCGAAGGUUGGUUACCACUUGCUGGGGGUGGUUUGGCUAAUGUUUCAAUACGUAAACGAGCUAGACUAUCCCCAGGCGCUGCAGGACAUGAAUAUAUAAUCUAUGGCCAAAGAAUCUCCGAUCAAAGUGUUAUUUUAAGUUGUGUCAUAAAUCGUGACCUUAAGUACUACAAAGUGAUGCCCACAUUUCAUCAUUGGCGCGCCGGUAAACAAAGAAAUGGUCUCACUUUCCAAACUGCUGCCGAUGCGCGUGCAUUCGACAAAGGAGUUCUGCGAGCUUAUAAUGAAUUAAUUGACGGUCUUGCAAAAUCGAAUCCGUCAAUUAUUUGCCCACCAUUAACUAAAUACGAUUCGGUUGGAGAAGAUGAUGUAUUUAUGACUCUAGAUUUACCUGUUGAAACUGAGAAUAUACAAAAAACACAUUCAAGCCCUGAGGGCAGUGAAAAAAGUCACAAAAGUAUUUCCGAUCGUGGUGAACGCUACAAGGAUACCAAUAGUAACAAAAGCGACUCUGAAAAACAUGAAAAAUCUACAAUUCAUUACAUAUCGAGCGAGAAAUCAUGCAUACAACCUUCAACAGUUGCCAAUACUACUGCAGCAUCAAUAAUUGAACCACCGCCGCAAAGUGAAAACUAUUCAUAUGUCACUUUAACUUCGGUACAUGAAUAUAAUUACCCUGUAGUGGAUCAACCGGCAACAGCACAAGUAUUAAAUGCACGUCGCGAAUCCAUUAGCGCACUAAAGAAACGUAACGCACUUGAAGCACAACAAUUAGCAUCUCAAUCGUCGCCCUUACCGGCAGCUAUACUUCUGAAAGAUCCCGGUAUUGAAAUCAUAAAGAAGAAUCAACGUAUGCGUUGUCGUUAUUGUCAUGAAAUUUAUAGUGAUGAAUGGAAUCGUAAAGGUGCUUGUGAGUUUGCACCUGAUUGUUUCCGUUCGGGUGUCGAAUGCAUUUCCGGUAUGGGUUGUGCACGCUGCAUGCUCUAUCAUUGUAUGAGCGAUGCAGAAGGUGAAACGCCACAACAUCCAUGUGAAUGUGUCAACGAGUCGGGAUGUACAAAGAGAUGGAUUGGUUUAACCUUGCUCUCUUUUAUAGUACCAUGUUUGUGGUGCUAUCCGCCACUGCGUGCUUGUCACUGGAUCGGUGUAUCCUGUGGAGUAUGUGGUGGCAAACAUAAACCGCAAGUCUGACAUUUGGAGGCUAGAUUACAACAACAAUUCGACAGCUAUGAACGCUAUUAUUAUUAUGAACAACCGCAGCAGCGACAAUAUGAGAGAAAUUUUUAUACAAAUUGGGAUUUAAAUAAUUUGCAACAACAACAACAACAGCAACAGCAACAACAAAAAGAGAAGAAC